GGCUGGUCCAAUCUGGCAUGCCCAGAAGGUUCGAUUCCCACCCUUCGUCAUCGUCAUCUUCUCCAACGGCCUUCAUUCUCAUUCCCAUUUUACCUUCUUCAAUAGCGCAUUCCUUCUCUAUUGAUUGAUCAGAGCUCUCCCUCCCUCCCUCUCUCUCUCCCUUCCACACCCCCACCCCCCGUCCCUUCCUCUUUGAGCCUCCGAGCAAACGAAGCGAACAGAUCAGAGCUAUUUCCUUUUACCAUUCAGUCGAAAAGCUCGCGCAGACAGCAUUUUACAGCAGAGGACUUCGAAAACCGUAAAGAAGUGACCUAAGCAUAAAAAUGCACAACGAAAAUUCGCCUGGGCAUCAUAGCAAAGAAACUCAUGGGAUGCGCAGCGAUAUUGAUGAUACGACACCAUUGAGUGAUGUCAAAGCACCAAAUAUGUUUGAAAGGGCAAAGGAGGAGAUCGAGGCUCUUGUUCAGACUAUCCAUCCCAAGAAAGAGUCUCAAACUCAUGAAAAGAGGGAUCAAUCUAAGGAGGCGAAGUUGAAGGCCGACCCUUCAAACUCUCCAUCAGCAUCAAAUGAUGGGAAGGCACCAAACUUCAUUAAAAGGGCAAAGGAGGAGCUUGAGGAAUUUAUUCACAGCCGCCACCAUCACCACAAAGAAACUCAUGGCAGAAGUGAUGACAUCGACGAGAAUACCCCUAUCGGCGAAGUCAAAGGUCCAAAUGUGUUUGAACGAGCAAAAGAAGAGAUCGAUGCUCUCGUUCAGGCCAUCCACCCUAAGAAAGAGUCUAACCAUUCGCCGAAAGCUUCACCUAGUCGCCACCACCACCACAAGGAAACUCAUGGCAGAAGUGAUGGCAUUGAUGAGAAUACCCCUGUCAGUGACAUCAAAGGCCCGAAUGUGUUUGAACGAGCGAAAGAAGAGAUCGAAGCCCUCGUUCAGACCAUCCACCCUAAGAAAGAGCCUAAACAUGAUUCGCCGAACAAAGAAGGCGGCUUCAGGCACAAUAUUGAGAAGGGGCUGGAGAAGGUGCGCUCUCCUUGGGGUCAUAAGAGCGAUUGACUGUCGGGUUUUUUGCAAAGAUUUUAGAAGUUAUUGUUUGCUCAUAGUCAUUGUGAAGAUUUGAUUUGAAUGACAUGGUGAUUGCUGAUAGAUUAUUUCAUUGAUUGUCAAAUCUUGGUUCUUUGUGUCCA